CUUGUUGAAUCCUAAGGCUACUGACACAUCACUAAGCCGGCGGCUUGCAAAUGAAGGAUGGUGAGGUCAGACGAAAUUGAGCAUGCUCCCUUCUUCGGACAGGCGGCCUUAUCAGUAUAUCCGGUCUAACAAGCCCGCCGAUUGACCGACCCGACACGGAAAGUAUGACUCUUCUGCUAUCGACACAGGAGUCAUGUACAGGGGUUCUGGAGAAAUAUAAAAACGACUGUCAGGAGAGAAACCUCCCUCUCGUCAGAACUCAUCGCUGCAAACUUAAAUCGAGCACACACAUUUAUUUAUUAUCAUGUCCCUUGUUCACUUCCACUACGACCCUUUCACCGAGUUCGAGCGCCUCUUCGACGAUGCUUUCAGUGCCCGGUUCCGUCCUUCUGAUGUCAGCCGAGCCGUCGAAGGCGGGUCUCGUGUCGCGACAUUUCGUCCAAAGAUGGAUUUGAUCGAGAACAAAGAUAGCAAUGAAGUUACGGCUUUGUUUGAUUUGCCUGGUGUAGAGAGGGGGGAUGUCAAAAUUGACGUACAGCAAAACCGCCUCAUCAUCUCAGGUGAGAUGAAGGCAGAGGAAACGCGCCAAGAUGGAGAUUACGUCGUGCGCGAGCGCACAUACGGAAAUUUCUCUCGUACCUUGCAACUACCUAUGGGAACCAAGCCUGAGGAGGUCAAGGCAAAGAUGGAGAAAGGAGUCUUGGCGGUUACUUUCCCGAAAGUUGGAAAGGAGCAGGAGCCCAAGACUGUUCAAAUUCAGUGA